CAUAUAUGUCAUAUGUAUACUGUUACCAUAAGUAGAUUAAAAAAUUGGCUCAUGCAACUAUAAUUUUAUAAACUUAUAAGUCUUUUAACAUUAAAAACAGUGAUAUUUUUACAUUUGAUAGUUUUCAUUUAUUCUAUUAGCAAUAUGUUAAAACGUGCCAGUGGUUUUGUGAUAUUUCGUCAAAUUAAAGAUUCAAUAGAAUAUCUUCUUUUGCAAACGUCUUAUGGAAACCAUCAUUGGACUCCACCUAAAGGUCAUAUUGAUGGUGAAGAAAGUGCUUAUGAAGCUGCCUUACGUGAAACAGAAGAAGAAGCUGGAUUUGUAGAAGAUGAUUUAAAAAUUAUUGAUAAUGCCAAUAUCGAAAUACAAUAUAAUGUUAAUGGAGUUCCUAAAAUAGUUACUUAUUUUUUAGCAGAACUUAUAAAUCCUAAUCAAUCUGUUAGAAUGUCAAACGAACAUCAAGCAUAUAAAUGGUUAAGAUUUCAAGAAGCUUGUAAUCUUGCUGAAUAUGCAGAAAUGCAAAAUGUUUUAAAACAUUUUAAUGAAUAUAUAGAUAAAAACAUAAAAAAGAAGUAGGAUAAGGUAUAAUUAAUUGCAGUAACAAUAUGCAUUUACAAAUAUAUAUUUAUUAUCAAUACAGAUUUAAUAUGUA